AUGCUCCUGGAUUUCACGUCAACACACGCACGGUCGAUCCAUACGCGCGAGGCAGCCCAACUGGUGAGCGCCCACUCGCCCACCAUCAACAUCUGCGCGCGCGCACUGCCUGCACUCACCUCUGCUCGCACGCACGUGCUUGCGUUCACCUCUGCUCGCGUCCACGUGCUUGCGCUCACCUCUGCUCGCGCACACGUGCUUGCGUUCACAUCUGCUCGCGUGCACGUGCUUGCGCUCAACUCUGCUCGCGCGCACGUGCUUGCGCUCACCUCUGCUCGCGCGCACAUGCUUGCGCUCACCUCUGCUCGCGCGCACGUACUUGCGCUCUACUCUGCUCGCGCGCACGUGCUUGGCGCGUGCCGAUGA